CUUCCAGAAGAAACAGCGGAAGAGCUGAGAUUACCGGGAGGGCAACGGAGGUUAACUGGAAGCCAGAAAACGAGCUUUGGCCCUCUGCUUCUAGGGAACAAGAGCCUGCCGCCUCGCUCUCUGCUUAGGCUUCCGGCUCUGCUUAGGCGGAGGCAUUGGCUGACAAAGGGCUUGCGCCGGUGCCGCCGCCCUUCUCAUCCGGGCAUUCGGGCCCCUGCGGAGAGAGGGGGGAGGGGAAGGAGCAGGAGGGGCGCGCGCUUGCAGCCGAGGCCCUUUGCAGGGCUGCGGGCCUGCAGCCCAACCGACGGAGGCCGAAGAGGACCGUCAGAGGUCGCAGCGGCCGGGGGCAGGAGGAUGGUGCAGAAGGACAGCCAGGCGACGCUGGAAGAGCGGGAGAGCGAGCUCAGCUCCAACCCUGCCGCCGCCGCGGGGGCGUCGUUGGAGCCGCCAGCAGCUCCGGCCCCUGGAGAAGACAACCCCGCCGGGGCCGGGGGAGCGGCAGUGGCCGGGGCGGCCGGAGGGGCUCGGAGGUUCCUCUGUGGCGUGGUGGAAGGAUUUUAUGGAAGACCAUGGGUUAUGGAACAGAGAAAAGAACUCUUCAGAAGGCUCCAGAAAUGGGAAUUAAAUACAUACUUGUAUGCCCCAAAAGAUGACUACAAACAUAGGAUGUUUUGGCGAGAGAUGUAUUCAGUGGAAGAAGCUGAACAACUUAUGACUCUCAUCUCUGCUGCACGGGAAUAUGAGAUAGAGUUCAUCUAUGCUAUCUCACCUGGAUUAGAUAUCACCUUUUCUAACCCCAAGGAAGUAUCUACAUUGAAGCGCAAACUGGACCAGGUUUCUCAGUUUGGGUGCAGGUCGUUCGCCUUGCUUUUUGAUGAUAUUGACCAUAAUAUGUGUGCAGCAGACAAAGAGGUGUUCAGUUCUUUUGCUCAUGCCCAGGUCUCCAUCACAAAUGAAAUUUAUCAGUACCUAGGAGAGCCAGAAACUUUCCUCUUCUGUCCCACAGAGUACUGUGGCACUUUCUGUUACCCAAAUGUAUCUCAGUCACCUUAUUUAAGGACUGUGGGUGAAAAGCUUCUACCAGGAAUUGAGGUGCUUUGGACAGGUCCCAAAGUUGUUUCUAAAGAAAUUCCAGUAGAGUCCAUUGAAGAGGUUUCUAAGAUCAUUAAGAGAGCUCCAGUAAUUUGGGAUAACAUUCAUGCUAAUGAUUAUGAUCAGAAGAGGCUAUUUCUGGGUCCAUACAAAGGAAGAUCCACAGAACUCAUCCCACGGUUAAAAGGAGUUCUCACUAAUCCAAAUUGUGAAUUUGAAGCCAACUAUGUUGCUAUCCACACCCUUGCCACCUGGUACAAAUCAAAUAUGAAUGGAGUGAGAAAAGAUGUAGUGAUGACUGACAGUGAAGACAGUACUGUGUCCAUCCAGAUAAAGUUAGAGAACGAAGGCAGUGAUGAAGAUAUUGAAACUGAUGUACUCUAUAGUCCACAGAUGGCUCUAAAGCUGGCUUUAACAGAAUGGUUGCAGGAGUUUGGUGUACCCCAUCAGUACAGCAGUAGGCAAGUCGCACACAGUGGAGCUAAAGCAAGUGUAGUUGAUGGGACUCCCUUAGUGGCAGCACCUUCUUUAAAUGCUGCAACUGUAGUUACAACGGUUUACCAGGAGCCCAUUAUGAGCCAGGGGGCAGCUUUGAAUAGUGAGCCUUCACCUCUGACCAAGGAAGAAGAAAAGAAACAGCCAGAUGAGGAGCCCAUGGACAUGGUAGUAGAAAAACAAGAAGAAACGGACCAUAAGAAUGACAAUCAAAUACUAACUGAAAUUGUUGAAGCUAAAAUGGCAGAGGAACUAAAACCAAUGGACACUGAUAAAGAGAGCAUAGCUGAAUCAAAAUCGCCAGAGAUGUCCAUGCAGGAAGAUUGCAUUAGUGACAUUGCUCCUAUGCAGACUGAUGAGCAGACAAACAAGGAGCAGUUUGUGCCCGGUCCAAAUGAAAAGCCUUUGUACACUGCCGAACCAGUGACUCUGGAGGAUUUGCAGUUACUUGCAGAUCUGUUUUACCUUCCUUACGAGCAUGGGCCCAAAGGAGCACAGAUGUUACGGGAAUUCCAGUGGCUACGAGCAAAUAGCAGUGUUGUCAGUGUCAAUUGCAAAGGAAAAGACUCUGAAAAGAUUGAAGAAUGGCGGUCACGAGCAGCCAAAUUUGAAGAGAUGUGUGGACUUGUGAUGGGAAUGUUCACUCGGCUCUCCAACUGUGCCAACAGGACAAUCCUUUAUGACAUGUACUCCUAUGUUUGGGAUAUCAAGAGUAUAAUGUCUAUGGUGAAGUCUUUUGUACAGUGGUUAGGGUGUCGUAGUCAUUCUUCAGCACAGUUCUUAAUUGGAGACCAAGAACCCUGGGCCUUUAGAGGUGGUCUAGCAGGAGAGUUCCAGCGUUUGUUGCCAAUUGAUGGGGCAAAUGAUCUCUUUUUUCAACCACCCCCACUGACUCCUACCUCCAAAGUUUAUACUAUCAGACCAUAUUUUCCUAAAGAUGAGGCUUCCGUGUACAAGAUUUGCAGAGAAAUGUAUGAUGAUGGAGUGGGUUUGCCUUUUCAAAGUCAGCCUGACCUUAUUGGAGACAAGUUAGUAGGAGGACUGCUUUCCUUAAGCUUGGAUUACUGCUUUGUCCUAGAAGAUGAAGAUGGCAUAUGUGGUUAUGCUCUGGGCACUGUAGAUGUGACUCCCUUCAUUAAGAAGUGUAAAAUAUCCUGGAUUCCCUUCAUGCAAGAAAAGUAUACCAAGCCAAAUGGUGACAAAGAGCUCUCUGAAGCUGAGAAAAUAAUGUUGAGUUUCCAUGAAGAACAGGAAGUAUUGCCAGAAACUUUCCUUGCCAACUUCCCUUCUCUGAUAAAAAUGGAUAUUCACAAAAAAGUAACUGACCCAAGUGUAGCCAAAAGCAUGAUGGCCUGCCUUCUGUCUUCACUGAAGGCUAACGGCUCCCGGGGGGCUUUCUGUGAAGUGAGACCAGAUGAUAAAAGAAUUCUGGAAUUUUACAGCAAGUUAGGCUGUUUUGAAAUUGCAAAAAUGGAAGGAUUUCCAAAGGAUGUUGUUAUACUUGGUCGGAGCCUGUGACAUGUGUUGGCACUGUGAACUGUCCAAAAGUCUCUUAACUCCACCUUGUGGGUGGUGGUUGGGGUCUUCAUACAGUUCAGCUUCUAGAGCGGCAACAAAUCAGCCAACUGAAUUGGAAACAAAGAAGACUGUAAAACUCACCCGGCGCACUUGCAGACUACUCACUGGGAGAAGAUAGUACUGCUGCAGAUUCUGUAUGGACAGAGACAUGGGCCUCUUUUCGGGGUUGGGUCUUGUGUGUUGUGUUAGGUGCCGCCAAGACCUCUUACAUGGGCAUAUGCAGGGAAAGGGGCUCCUCAAUAAAUGUAGUCAGCACUAUUUUCUGCAUCCAGUGUGGUUGCAUUUCUCCCCUAAGAGUAAUUACUAUCACCUCUGUCAUCCUCAGUGUUGAGUGAAGUCUCUCUCAUUCUUUGGGGACAUAGCAGAGAUGAGAGAGAGUUAGUGGGUUUCAGAGGCUUCAGCGUGGAGAUUCCCAGUUGGGAUGGUUGUGGCAUUAGUUUAGGGUGAAUAAAUGAUUUCAAUUUUUCUGCUUUUUGUAAAGCCCUGGCCAGUUGUCUCCUGUAGUGACCAUUGGUUCCAGCUUGUGCUUUGUAGGGACAAAUGUGCAGUUGGUUUGUGGCAAAAGCCUAAAAUUGACAGACUUGUAAACUUCAUUGUAUAUAAACUACUAGCUGUAACUGACUAUCCUUUGUGUUCACUGUUUUUGUAAAAUUUUUCCUUUGAAAAUGAAAGGGUGUGGGUUCAGGAUGGCACUUUGAAGAAUGUAAAUCAGUGGAAGGUGGAUUUCUUUUCUUUUGUCUUUGGGGUUUUUUUCUUUAGAAGUUUUAUUUUUAAAGUGCCUCCCACCUUGGGCUAGGCCAUGACCAUUUUGGGUAUGAGAGCCUAACUUAGGACUCAGUCUGUUGCAGAGUGCAGUCACUUCUGGAAAUUCACCUCAGUGGCAGGUCAGCAUGUGAAGUGUUAGUUUGGACAUCUGUCCAGUAGGGCUCAGGGACUGAUGGAUCCCAUUUGCCCUUGGAUCAGUUGUCCUUUAAUCUCAAGACCAGUUACUACUGGUCUUUAAUUCUUGCAUGUUUAUAACUAAUUUUUAAAGAAUGAGCACACUUUAACCAAUGAUUUAUGGUUACCCUCUUUUUCCUUUAAUCACAGAUUCUGAAAGCUUCAUGUGUUUUAAUUUAGAUUUGGUGUUCUUAGUGAUUCUGAGCGGGAGGCUGGAAGGUAAUCUCUCUAGGAUUCAUUUUUUAAUCAUGGCUGGUUGACUUCUCCAUAGAUUUCAUAACUGUUUUGUUAUCUUCCUUACAGUUUUGAAUCAGGUGUUUAACUCUGAGCUGAGUGAAGGAAACUUGAAUAAUUUUUCUUCAUAGAAUUACACCAGUGUGGUUUUUGAGAGAAUUGUAAAGCAUUGUACGCAGUGGCGCCUAGUGACUUCCAACCAAGAAUGUAUACUGAAUGGGUGAGAAGAAAGGGGUGCUUCAUGUUUAGGGGAGAAACCUUAACCGGGAGAAGGAUAAUGGUGUACUGAAAAGCUGGAGCCAGGUUUGCAUUUUUGAGGGCUGAGGUAAAGGGAAAAUCCCAAGAUAACUGUUUAUGACUUAGGCCGAGGUUUCCUGAGUGUAUCUCAAACACUGUGGACAGUUCUAGCAUCUUAUCUGGAGGACUUCAGGGUCAGCCUCAUCAGCAAUCAGGGUUUUCAGCAAGUUGCUUUUGGUUUUAUCUUGGUUUUUAAAAAUCAUUUUGGCUUAUCUCUGGUCACAGUUGUUAACCAUAUGAAACAUGUCUGGGUCUAUACCGUCAUCACUCUAGGAUCAUAAAGAGCUUAUACUACCUUCUGUGGUUAUGAGUAUUUAUUAAAGUUGGAAUGACAUUUCAUUGAUUGUUUAGAUCACAGCUCAGUUCCUAUAGAAUACGAACUGUAAAACUAUCUGAAGACCAUGCAAGAGGCAAAAUAAAACUUGAAGUGAA